GAGCCGAGCUCCGAGCUCCGGGAGCGCGUGGGAUCCUCCAGCCGGCGGCGAGCGCACGAUGCGCGGACCCGGGCGCCCCCUCCUCCUGGGGCUGCUGCUCGUGCUGGGGGCGGCAGGGCCCGGCCGGGGGUUCGCGGAGCCCCGGGAGGCCGCGGACGGGCAGGCCCUGCUGCGGCUCAUCGUGGAGAUCGUCCAGGAGCUCAGGAAGUACCACUCGGGGGAGUCCAAGAGGCUGCAGCUCUGGGGCCCGCAGGACUACGCGCUGGGCCGCAGGGAGGUCGCGGACUACGGGGCGGACCCGGAGGAGCAGCGAGCGGAAAUUGUUCCUCGAGAUCUAAGGAUGAAGGACAAGUUUUUAAAACAUCUCACAGGUCCUCUUUAUUUCAGUCCAAAGUGCAGCAAACACUUUCACAGACUUUACCACAACACCAGAGACUGCACCAUCCCCGCAUACUAUAAACGAUGUGCCAGGCUUCUUACUCGGCUGGCUGUCAGUCCAGUGUGCAUGGAGGGAUAAGGUCUCUUGAAAUCGGUACGGAGGUGUGAACGGUGAUGUGACCCCGAGUCUGCCUCUCCUGCAGCGAGCAGAGCCAGAGGAGCCCUGAGAAGUGCCUUGGAAACUGCAGGGACGCCCUACGAACAAGAGAUUUAUUUUUGCAGAAGACUCCCCCACCGCUCCUGAACUGGAGCUGCGUGUGCUGUCGACGCCGUCCGUGGUACGUACGGACUCAGCGAGUCGGUGCACCAGAUGGACUCGCGCUCGCUGCCGUGGAGGACAGAAGGGAGGCCACGGUGGGCGUGCUACUGAGCGCCGGGGGACAGACUUCACAUUCCUGAUUAGAUGAAACCACAGAGAAUAUUUCUUUAGAAACAGAAGCAGAAUCUGAAACUAUAUUUUCGUAAAGCAUAUGGUAUGAUUUAGUAUUUUUUAUUACUUUUACAAUUAAAUUCCCAGAGUAUUAUUUGCAACUGCAUGAAUAAAAAAAAACCUUCAGUUGUGUUUUGGAGACAGUGGAGUGUAAAUCUGUGAAAUAUCUAGGCCAGUUUCAUUUGUCCUUUGUAAUAAAUGUAAAAUAGUAUCCAGAUACUGUCAAUAUGUGAAUACUGUAAAUGAAGCACAAGAAAUAAACGAAGCCUUUGUUAUAA